GAGCGUAGGCAUGCGCGCUGCACCGGAUGAAGAACCCUCCUUCCAACAGAGCAACAAGUGAGCGCAAGAUCUACCGCUCCGAAAAAAAAACUUUUGAAAACUCUCAUUAUGUUGGCCUCGAAAUAUUUAACUAAAUUCUCACUCACGGCUACAAUCAGACGGAAUGCCUCUACUGUCGGAUUCAUCGGUCUGGGUAACAUGGGCGCGGGAAUGGCCGCCAACCUGGUCACGAAAGGGGAGACAGUUGUAGUUUUCGACGUUGUUCCGGAACCGGUGACCGCCCUAGAGAAAUUAGGCGCGAUAAAAGCUGCGAGCCCCGCGGAGGUCGGAAGAUUGAGUGACAAGAUCAUCACAAUGUUACCCUCAAAUGCGCAUGUGGAAGACGUUCUCACAGGGAAUGAGGGCGUCUUCAAUGGAGCAAAGUCGGGCGCUCUUCUGAUCGACAGUAGCACAGUCGACCCUGAGCUUUCGGUCAGAAUGGGAAAACUAGCUAUGGAGAAGGGAAUCAACUUCGUCGACGCCCCUGUCUCCGGCGGGGUUGAUGCUGCGAAGACCGGUUCCCUUACUUUCAUGGUGGGAGGGGACAAGGCUGACAUGAUGUCGGCAGAAGAGGUUUUGCUGAAAAUGGGGAAAACUGUCAUCCAUUGUGGUCCAAUAGGAUGCGGAGGUGCUGCGAAGAUCUGUAACAACAUGAUGCUUGCGAUUUCGAUGAUUGGACAUUCAGAAACAAUGAAUUUGGGCAUCAAGCUGGGGCUCGAUCCGAAGGUUCUCAAUUCGAUACUGAACUCAAGCUCAGGAAAAACGUGGGUCAGCGACGUGUACAGUCCGGUUCCUAACGUAAUGCCGGAAAGACCCUCAUCGAAAGGAUAUCAAGGUGGCUUCCGUUCAGCCCUGAUGCUGAAAGACCUUAGUCUCGCUCAAACUGCCGCGACUCAAACGCAGGCGCCGACGCCGCUCGGAGCCUUAGCUCAACAAUUUUACCGGAUGGCCUGUGCUCAAGGACACUCGGAGAAAGAUUUCGGGUACGUCUUCCAGAUGAUUUCCGCCGGGAGCAAGCAAUGAUGCGAACUAGGCUUUCCCUACAAAUAUGACGACGUAUGGAUCCUGUCUCCUUGUUGCUCAUUGCCGUCUAUCGACGUCGGGAACUGUGGGAGCUCAGCAACCCAGUCGAUACUGAAUCCAGGGAGAUAUCGAGCCGAGAAUGUUGACCGAGACCCUUUCGGAGAAAUUAUAGAUAUUAUCGUGAGGAAUAAAAGCUCGACUCCAUCCC